AUGGGCCUCCUGGUUUUCAUGGUCAACACACAGCAACAUCAAUUGCAACAGCAACAUCCUCAAAAGGAAGAAUCCAAAAUUGAGAAGAUGUUUGCUCAACUAUUAGCAAAUCAAGAAUCUGCAAGGGCUGAGAAUAAGGCAACAUUUUCUCUCUAUGAAACAGCCAUCAAGAAUCUCGAGGUGCAAAUGGGUCAACUGGCUUCACAAAUGAAUGUACUCACAAGGAGCAGCUUACCAAGUGAUACCAUUCCCAAUCCAAAAAGGGAUGAAGAAGGUGGUAUAGUAGAAGAGGAAGAAACCAGGAAAAGGAAGCAAACAGAAGAAAAUCUCACUGAUGUGGUUCGAGGAAAGAAUGUAGUGGGUGAAAUGGUUGAUGAUAAAAAGAGGAAGACAACUCCCCCUCUUGCUACACAGAUGCUGCCACUUCCCUUCCCUCAAAGGUUCAAGAAGAAAGAUGAAGAUGUCCAGUUCAAGAAAUUUGUGGACAUGUUUAAGCAAUUACACAUCAACAUCCCGUUUGCUGAAGCAUUAGAGCAGAUGCCUAAGUAUGUUAAGUUUCUUAAGGAUGUUCUCUCCAAAAAGAAGAGAUUUGGUGAAUUUGAAACCGUGGCUCUGACUGAAGAUUGUAGUGCCAUCUUGCAGCGAAAACUCCCACCCAAAUUGAGAAAUCCAGGAAGCUUUUAUAUUCCUUGUAACAUAGGCAAACACUUCAAUGGAAAAGCCCUACGCGAUUUGGAAGCAAGUGUUAACUUGAUGCCUCUAGCUGUAUUUAAUCGAUUAAAUUUGGGUGAAGCAAGGCCAACAACUGUUACAUUGCUCUUUGCUAACAGAUUAUCUCAUAUCCAAAAGGGAUUGUAG